ACGCACUUGAUGCCUAUGGAAAACAUCAUUAUAGUUUCUUUUCUCUAUUCUUCUUGAUCCUAUUGUAUUGUGGGUUAGGACAGACCUUUCGUCAUGCCACACGUUGAAUCACCACCCCCAAGUCACGGUAUUCGCAUUGCGAUAGACCGCGGUGGCACGUUCACAGAUUGUUUAGCCAUUGUACCGGGGAAGGAAGAUAUUGUGAUCAAAUUGCUCUCUAAUGAUCCAACAAACUAUGCGGACGCGCCCACAGAGGGUAUUAGAAGAAUUCUGGAGCAAGCUACCGGAGAGUCUAUCCCCCGAGGCCAACAGAUCGAUACAAGCAACAUCGAAUCGAUAAAAAUGGGAACUACAGUAGCGACAAAUGCUCUUCUUGAGCGUUCAUCAACGCGAUGCGCUUUGGUGGUGACAGAGGGUUUUAAAGACCUCCUUCGCAUUGGGGACCAAACACGCCCGAAAUUAUUCGACCUCAAUAUUCGGCGUCCUGAGACUCUAUUUGAUGAUGUGCUUGAGAUUCAAGAGCGAGUAACACUUCAUGACUCAACGGAAGACAAGGGUAGUCUCAGAGAUCCCCAACGGAGCUCUUUCAAUCUCAAAAUUGGAAUCGGAGGCGAGGCAGUUCGAAUCAUAAAGCCCCUAAACAUAGACAGUGCGCGUGAAGGACUUCAGACACUCUUCAAUAAAGGAGUCCGAUCUCUCGCGAUUACGUUGCUUCAUUCCUACACUUUUCCAGACCAUGAACUGCAAGUGGCUGAGCUUGCUAGCAAAAUUGGCUUUACUCAAAUUUCCAUCUCGUCUCAGAUCUUUCCCAUGAUCAAAGCUAUAUCACGUGGCUAUUCGGCAACUGCAGAUGCAUAUCUCACCCCUUUGACAAAAGCUUACAUCGACGGCUUUCGAAAAGGCUUCCGGGGUCAUCUGGAGGAUAAGGAUGGCGCUCGUUGCGAGUUUAUGCAAAGCGACGGCGGCUUAGUCGGUUGGCAAAACUUCAGUGGUCUGAAAGCAAUUCUCUCAGGACCUGCCGGUGGCGUGGUGGGUUUCAGCAAAACAUGCUUUGACGUCACACGGAAGAGGCCAGUUAUUGGGUUUGACAUGGGCGGCACAAGCACAGAUGUCUCCCGGUAUGCAGGAUCCUUGGAGCACACAUUCGAGUCAAUCACUGCUGGUAUUACGAUCCAAUCACCUCAGCUCGAAAUUGAUACUGUUGCAGCAGGUGGUGGAAGCAUUCUGUCUUACCGUAAUGGGCUCUUCCUCGCUGGGCCCUCGUCUGCGAGUGCUCAUCCAGGGCCCGCUGCAUAUAGAAAGGGUGGCCCAUUGACUGUCACUGAUGCAAAUCUUGUGCUUGGUCGCCUCCAAGCUGAGUAUUUCCCCAAAAUUUUCGGAAAGUCCGAGAAGGAGCCGCUCGAUUACGAGGGAUCCAAAGCAGCUUUUGAGAAGCUACUGCAACAGGUUAACAAGGACCUGAUAGCCGCGGGUGGAAAACCCAAGACUGUUGAGGAACUGGCACUGGGUUUCUUAGACGUUGCGAAUGAGACUAUGUGUCGGCCUAUUCGAUCAUUGACUGAAGCAAAGGGAUACCGAACAUCCGAGCAUGAUCUUGCCGUGUUUGGAGGAGCUGGAGGACAGCAUGCUUGUGCAAUCGCAGCAAAUCUUGGAAUCGAUCGGAUCUUCAUUCAUCGCUACUCUUCGAUCCUUUCCGCCUACGGAAUGGCUCUCGCACACGUAGUUCGAGAUCUUCAAGAACCUUGUUCGAUGACGCUCUCUACGUCGCUGGAAGAGUUGGACAAUCGUCUUGCUGAUCUCGAGAAGGCAGGUGCAGUGGAACUUGCCAAAGAAGGUUUCAAUGGAAACUUAUCGUUUGAACAUUUCCUCAAUUUGCGAUACGAUGGAUCAGACACGACUUUCAUGGUGCCUCGACCUGAAUCUGGAGGUUGGGAAGAAGCAUUCAUUGCUGAACACAAGCGACAAUUUUCAUUCAUAAUGCCUGGCCGCGCGAUUCUUGUGGAAAACGUGCGCGUUCGUGCAACGGCCCAGGGGUCAUCCACUGAGCCGGAAUUGGAUCUCGAUAAGCAGCUUUCGGAUACUCCACCUGUCCCAGUUUCGAUCAAGAAGGCGUCCAAUGAAGUAAAGAUUUUCUUCGAAGACGGUUGGACCAGGGCCUCGCUCUUCUAUCUUUCAUCUCUCAACACAGGUGACUCGAUCCAAGGCCCUGCGAUAAUUCUAGACGACACUCAAACUAUUGUUGUUCCGCCAAAGGCCAAGGCCUUCAUACUGGACCGUCAUGUAGUCCUGGAGCUUGAGAGCAACAUCGCAGCCAGCGAGAAGAAGAAGGAGUCUGUACCUCAAGCUGUUGAUCCCGUGGAACUCACGGUCAUGGCACAUCGCUUCAUGAGCAUUGCUGAACAAAUGGGACAUGCUCUGCAGAAAACAAGUGUAUCUGUUAAUAUUAAGGAGCGUUUGGAUUUCAGCUGUGCACUGUUUAGCCCAGACGGUAGACUAGUUGCGAACGCGCCGCAUGUUCCAGUGCAUCUUGGCAGUAUGGAGCAAGCUGUUAUGUACCAACACAAACGGUACGAAGGUCAACUAAGACCUGGGGACGUGAUUGUAGCGAACCAUCCUAUAUCAGGAGGCACUCACCUCCCCGAUAUCACCUGCGUAACCCCGGUUUUCGACAAAGACGGCAAGAACAUUAUUUUCUACACCGCAUCUAGAGGCCAUCAUCAAGAAAUUGGUGGUAUCCUGCCGGGAUCUAUGCCUGCCGGAAGCGUGGAGCUUUUCGAAGAAGGAGCAAUGAUAGUUUCCGACUUUCUCGUUCGAAAUGGGACCUUCGACGAGAAAUUGAUUACCCGACUUUUGCUGGAGGAACCCGCCAAGUUUCCAGGCUGUUCAGGCACUAGGAAACUGGCUGAUAAUAUUAAUGACUUGAAGGCACAGGUCUCUGCAAAUGCCAAAGGCGCUAUGCUUCUGUCUGAUCUGAUUGAAGAGCGAGGACUUGCCUCUGUUCAUCUUAACAUGCACGCGAUCACCUCAAAUGCUGAGGCGUGUGUUCGGAAGUUUAUGAAGAAAACGUAUGAACAGCAUGGUGGCAAGCCCUUGGUCGCGCUCGAUCAUAUGGAUGACGGCACACCAAUCAAGCUUGAAAUCACUAUCAACCCCAACAAUGGCUCCGCUCACUUCGACUUCACCGGCACGGGAGAGGAAGGCUUCCACUCCUUUAACGCCCCGCAAGCAAUCGCCCGCAGCGCCACUCUUUAUGUCCUGCGCUGUCUCAUCAAUGAAGACAUUCCGUUGAAUGAAGGGUGUCUGCGUCCGCUAGACUUCACAAUUCCUGAAGGAAGUAUAUUGAAUCCCUCUCCUCAAGCGGCCGUAUGCGCAGGUAACCCUAUCACUUCACAACGUGUUACCGACGUAGUAAUCAAAGCCUUCGACGCAUGCGCUGCAAGCCAAGGUGACUGUAACGUGUUUUCCUUUGGCAUUAACACAGAUUAUGAUGUCGACGGUAAUGCCAUCCCGGAUUCUGGAUUCGGGUUUGGAGAGACAAUCUGCGGAGGGUCUGGCGCGGGUCCAGGAUGGAAUGGUACGAGUGGAGUACAUAUUCACAUGACCAACACCCGAAUUACCGACCCUGAAAUGCUCGAGAAACGCUACCCAGUUAUUCUCCAAGAGUUUAGCAUUCGUGAAGGCUCCGGGGGUAAAGGACAGUGGAAUGGCGGUAACGGAAUCCGUCGUGUCUAUGAAUUUGAGAGAGACGUGGGGGCUUCUAUUGUCAGCGAACGUCGUGUCACUAGACCGUACGGUAUGCAUGGUGGCGAGGAUGGAAAGUCGGGUGUCAACUACAUCGUGAAAAAGCAUGGUGGAAGGUGGUGUCGGCUCGGUGGCAGGAAAGACUUUAGGGCAUCGAAGGGAGACCGUGUCGUUAUUGACACCCCUGGGGGUGGAGCUUGGGGAACAGGCCAACUAGGCGUAUCUGAAGCUGUUAUUUCGAGCAAUACUGGGGCUGAGAGGAGAUUUGUUAGUCAAUUUCAGCUUGCUCAAGAAGCGAGUAACUAGUGUAGUGCAGUUACGAUCUAAUGAAAGAAAUCAAC